ACCUAUUCGACUUCGUUGUGAACCAAUCAUGUCAUGCACAUAUUGAGUCAUCGCUUUUAAUAAUAAAUUAUUUUUCAUUAAAUAUUAAUUUCCAUACAAUUUGCGACCUAACCGUUCAAUGAAAUUGUGUAUCUAGAAUAACAAAUUGCAUGCUCUUAGUUUUGGAAUUUAAUACAGACACAUGACAUAAAUUGAAGAUAAUUAGAUGAACAAUUUGCAACAAAUAUUACUUAUGGUGUAAACAAUGAAAUUUCGUCACAGUGAAUCACCUGACAGCAUGGAACUUUUGAUAUAACAUAUAUUUUAGAACUUUAGACUACAUGUAAUGACACAUUAAUAUACAAACAGGAUAUAACACAAGACAGUUUUUAGACCUUUUAAUCCUUUUGAACAUCCUUAUUAAAAUGAGUUUUGCUCAGAAAGCAAUGGAUAUCUCUAACAAUAAUUAUAUCAGGAGCUCGUUAUUGAAGUUUAAAUUGGCUUUUCUUGGUGAAGCUGCGGUUGGUAAAACUUCUUUGAUAACAAGAUUUAUGUAUGACAGCUUUGACAAUACCUAUCAAGCUACAAUAGGUAUUGAUUUCUUGUCCAAAACUAUGUAUCUAGAAGAUAGAACAAUAAGAUUACAAUUGUGGGAUACAGCUGGUCAAGAGAGGUUCCGAAGUUUAAUUCCUAGCUACAUAAGAGAUUCUUCUGUGGCUGUAGUAGUGUAUGAUAUAACAAAUGCUAAUUCUUUUCAACAAACAUCUAAAUGGAUAGAUGAUGUACGAACAGAACGAGGUAGUGAUGUCAUAAUUAUGUUAGUAGGAAAUAAAACAGAUUUAUCUGAUAAAAGACAAGUAACAUCAGAAGAGGGUGAAAGGAAAGCUAAAGAAUUAAAUGUAAUGUUUAUAGAAACUAGUGCAAAAGCUGGUUAUAAUGUGAAACAAUUAUUUAGACGAGUGGCUGCUGCAUUACCUGGAAUGGAACAAACAGAUAAACCUAGAGGAGAGAUGACGGAGGUUAAAUUAAAAGACACACCAUCGGAGCCAGAAGCAAAAGAAGGAGGCUGUGCAUGUUAAUACAAACUCCGUCUCUUUUUAUUUUUGUGUUGUCUACUGCAUUUUGCAUGAUCGAUGUGCAUUAUUUUACCACCAAAACCUGGGAUUUUAUACCUACAAUUUCCUGCAUGUGACAUUGAAAAUGCCAGAAGGGAAAUUUUAGGAUGUAUCAAUUAUCGACACAAGACAACUACAUGUGUUUUUGUUGCUGGUUGCAUUGUGAACAUGUAUUACUUUUAUUUAUUUGCCAUACUUACUGUUUUUAUUCUGUAAAUGGUGUAUUUAAUAUGUAAAAUCAAAAAUGUUUACAAUUUCAAAUGAAGAACUGUAUGGAAUGGAGAAAUUUUUAUGUGUGUUGUCAUUUACAUUCAGUACAAGUACUUUAUAUGUUACAUUAUAUUUGAAAUACAUCCUUAUUACAGGCGACAUUUUUAUCGGAAACAAAAUAUUAUCUGUUUGGGAUGUUUGGUCCAAAUAUCUGAAACAAAUAAAAAGAUAAAUUUAAAAUGAAAAAGAGAAAAAAAGGGCAAGAAAAACAAAUUUUAGCAAAUUCUUUUUUUUUUUUUUUUGUAAAAUAGCUCUUUUCUUGUGGUCUUUUUCUAAGAUACAUAUUUUGAUUUUGUUAGGUCUUUUAUAAUUUUACAAGCACAUGAUCCUCUUCAGCUAUUAACUAUAAGCCAUUAAAUCACUUUCAUGAACAAAAAAAUGUGUGAAUAUUUAAGAUAAUAAACAUUAGAUAAAAGAACAAUGUAAAAUAUGCAAAUUAUUUUCUAAAUGAAUGUAAACAAUUUUUUGUUCAAAACAAAAUAUUUAAUUAUUUUUUUGUUUUGCUUUGUAUAUGGUGAACUAUGUGUUAAUUUUCAAUUUGUGACUGUGGAAUUAAUGUUAUACACUGAUACACAUAUAAGUGCAACUUUAAUUGAAUUGUAUAUUAUGUUAAUCAGUUUCUGGAUGCUUAAUAUUUUGUAUGAAUAUGUUUUCGUGAUAAGUGUUGACAUUCAUUUUUCAAAAGAAAAAGAAAAGAAUGGCCAAAUUAAAUGACUUUCUACAUUCUCCUUCUUGCCCACCCAUGCAGUUAACUCUAUAUUAGUUUUUUAUUAAUCAUAAUUAAUGACAUGUAAUUAAAAAUCCUUUGUUAUUAUACCAGGGGAGAAAAGCCCAUCCUCCAGAAACUGAUUAAAUAGUUUAAUGGCCUGGUUUUAUGAAACUCCCUUAAUUUUAAAGUGAAUCUUAUUUUUGAAAUAACUUUUGAAGCUAUAUAGAUAAGAGUUGUGGUUGCUUGAUCAUAUCAACUAGCAUUUAGGUCCUGUUUCUAUAUUUUAGUUUCAACUAUUUCAUGAUCUACAUGAAAAUUAAGUUAACAACCUUAAUUAAUCCCUUUUUCCAUGCUUUGGACUAAUUUCAUAUUUGUUUUUAUAUGAAGAAUAUCCAUUCUGUUGAAGAAGGUGUCAAUUGGUUUGUUGUGUUGCUUGGUUGCUUUUUCAUUUACAUAAACCCUAUAUUUUCAUUUAUUCAUCUGAUAAAGUAACCAUAUUAUUGUUAUUCAAGAAAAUAAAAUAUUUAAGAAAAAUGAAAUUUAAUUACAUAUUUUUUUUUUGUGUUUUUGCAGUUCUUUCAUGGAUUUUCUGAGAAAAAAAUUAGGUGAGAAAAACAUCUUCAUUACUAAUAAGUAUUUGGUAUUCAAAUUAGUAAAAAUAAUUUGUACACCCUAGAAUUCAAAAUGAGUCUGAAUAAAAUGGUCUGAAGAGCUUUAGAUUGUCUUUGGUUGGUCUGAUCUAAUUAAAAGGUCAAAUUUAUGAAUGAAAGAAACAAUACUGAAUAGAUGAUUUUUUUAAUUGUAGAAUUAGGAAAAUUUUUUAAUAAGUCUAUGAGAUUAUAUUUCUGUGAUUUACAUGAAGGUUCAUAGAAAGACUACAUUUGUCUUCUUUAGUAAAUCCAUACUGACCAACAUCUUGGUCAUUUUGGCAUGCUUUUCAGACUUAAGCUGUUUUAAGUUUGCCUGGAAACCAUUAUGCAUAAAAAAUAAUUGUCUCAAGUCAUGUUAACUCAAGAGUUAUUCUGAGAUAAAUUUCACUGAGCUCUUAAAUUAUAUUCAACAAAAACUUGUUCAAUUUGUGUCCCCAAGGUUAACAAACAUAAUUAAAUAUGUAUUCAAUUUUUUUUAAAGCAAAUACAAGCUGUUAGAACAUGCUAUUCAUGUGUUAGUAUUUCAAUAUAGAUUCACCAUUUGAUAGCUUUUUUUUUGUGGGGAGGGGGGAGGGGUUCUUAAGCCACAUUAGGUCCACAAUAGAUAUGUAUCAUAGUUAAUAUCAGUGUCAUAUUGCUACAAUGUUUUAUAGUUUAUGAAAUACUAUUCUAUAACAUUAAGAUCAUCAUGACCUUCAAAAAGUACCAUUGUAUGCUUGGCAGGCUAAGAUUUUGCAUUUAAGCCAAAGUAGUAGCAUUUACUAGUAAUUUUAUUUAAUGAGGUCAUCCAUGUCUGAAAGACACAUCAUCUGCUUUCAAAAAUCAUAAUGCAUUAAUGUUCAUGAUAACUCCUACCAUUUAACAAGCCCUUUAUUUUUUUCUUGUUGAAUUAUUUGGCAAUUUCACUUUUUUGCAUUCGCAACCACAAAAAAAAAGGGGGAUUUGCUUGUUAGAUAUUGUUACCAUAUAUAUUAUUUGGAAUAAAAAUGUUUUUACCAAUGCUAUUUGAAUGAACAUAUAGGAAAAUAUUGUUAGUUAUUAUACACUACAAUCAAAGAUCUGUGCUAGGAAUUUAUCAUUGUAAGGAUAUAUACUAUAUUUUUUUUUAUUGAGCGAGGUUUAAUUUGUUUAUGGCACAGAUAGGGGAAGCAACUCUGAUUUAAUUCAGUUUUACAAGCAGAGGUGGGAAUAUUUAUACAAUUUGGUUUAAAAUAUGAUAUAUUUAUGAAAUAUUAGAAAAGUUUUAUAUAAAAAAUUAAAUAAAACAAAUUGAAGUUGAA